AUGUAGUUAUGGACAAGUAUUUGAAGCAUGACGUGUUGAUUGGCCGUGAAGUUUUAAGCCUGGGCUUUGGUGUAUCAAUUGAUGCAGAUAAAUUUUGCUUUUAUAAUAUAAAAAGAGUAAAUGUUCUGAGUCUAGUGAAGUAUGAAGAAAUCAUAAAUUCUGAUACUAAUUUAAUUGAUUCUGAUAAGACGAUAUUAAACAAUAUGUUGAGAUACCGCACCAUAACAAAUGGAAUUGUUAUGGCGGGGGUCAAAGAUCGCACCAUAGCAGAAGGACUUGCUGUGGUGGGGGUCAGUGAUGAUCGCACCAUGACAGAAGGAUUUGUCAUGGCGGGGAUCGGUAAUAAUAACUGCAUGUCGUAGAAUGGUAAAUUAGCCCACUGUAUAAGUGUGGCAAAGAAUGGUGCAGGUGCAGAAUUGUGCAGGCAUCAUCAGCAGUCCAGAAAAAGAGAUAUACUCAGCUGCUGAGUAAGGUCUGUUCGUAGUGGCGUAGAAAAGGGAUGGCAUUAUGAUUUGCCAAAACUGUGAAUUAGCUUAGAGUGUGCGGAUAAAAUAAUUGAGAAACGAAGAAUUCGAUGGCCUAAGUGAUGGCGAUUCCCAGGAGGGGAACGAACUAAUAGACGGCGUUAGUAAGCGUGCGUCUGUGUCCCAAGAGGGGAAAGAGCAUGAAGACGGCACAAGUGAAUGUGCGUCUGUG